UUUUUUGGUGAUGACCAUUCACCAAUCCAGUCCAAGCUUGAUUCCAGUAAAGUGAUUGAAGUUCAAUGGAAAAUAGAUGUUUGUGAUGUGUUCCAUGCUAAUGUAAUUAUACAACACAUACAAAUGGAUUUCAUUAUUUCGUUAUUCCGAACAACGAGCGGAUAACAUUUUUUGGUAUUUCCGAAACCGUAUCGCAAGAACCGCCAAGUGUUUCCAUCAUGUACUCCACCGCCGCUGCUGUACUCGGUAUCAUCUACACUGCUGCCUGCUUGACCGGGUCUACCGAAGGCCUGACCUGUUAUAGAUGCUCGACUGUCAUGCACUGGAAAUGUGACUAUUACCAAAGAAUCACGAAAGAUCCGUGGACUGGCGACAACUGUCAAACCUGCACUAGAUCGACAACGUUUGGAGCAACUUUUCGCAGCUGCUCUUCAACCUAUGCUCCAAACCAGUGCGUAGGAGGCACGUGCGACUGCAAUACGGAUUUGUGCAACGCAUCAGUAGCUAUGGCGACUUCGCUUAAUCUUGCAUCCCUGAUCGUUUUUCUUCUUACCUCGCAUGUUUUCUAGAUUCAAGCAGCGCUCCAAAAACAAACAGUUGAUAAUUGUCUUAUCUUAGAUUAUUUACACAACCAUUUUGUGUUUAUAAAUUGCAUUUAAUAGUAAUCGAUUCUCAGUAACUUGAAACAACAAAUACGUUUAUGAAAUGUCAAAAUCAAUUCAUAUCAUGGGUAUAAUCGUACAUGUUUAUUAAAAUAAAAUGUAUCAAUUGU